GGCAUUUUAACCAGAGUCAUACGAUGGUCGCUUUCUGGAUUUUCUAUUUGUUUUUACAUUUAUUUUACACCACCAACGCAUCACGUUUGCCAGAUUAUCCUUCUUACAAUUCCGUAGACCAAGUAAUAUGGGCUGAAAUAUCUUCAAAAACUACGUUCUGUUGCAAUUUAACAUUCAAAGAAUCAGAAGCAUUGCAGUUGAGAGUGAAUGACCAACGAAUUUCUUCCUCAGUUAAAAGACCUGGGGAAGAUGUUAAAAGAUAUAUUUCCCCGUCAGCCAAAGCCUGGAGCAUCAACGAGUCCGUCAAAAAUGACAUCUGUCUGACUAAAACCAAUAAUAAUCCUGACGAAAUAGAAAGUCCUCCCCAAAUUAUUUGCGAAAAAUCUGCAGAUUAUGGUCUGGGAGAAACUUUGGAGAAAAAGUCUAUUACUUUAAAGUUUUACGAACAAGCUAAAAUUGUUAAAUUUCCAAAAAGUCUUAAAUUCAGAGAAGGAUCAAAUCAGGUGAUUGAUUGCAGUGCUACUGGAUUUCCUGACUUAUAUGUUGUCUGGCGCUUGAAGAAUGGUUCAAUCUUGAAACAAUCUCAUCAAUCUAAAUCAUCUGCUGGUAAAAACAAUACACGAUUAAUUAAUCUUCCAUUGGAAUUGUCAAACAUUCAUUCUGAUCAACAUGGUGAAGUAUAUGUUUGUGAAGCAGGUAUAAAUUCUGCAGUUAAUCAAAAGCCAGUUAUUCAAGAAUUGAUGCUUGAAGUCAACUUAUAUCCGAAAAUUCAUAUGUCCGACAGUGUAAUCUACACAGAUAUUGGUGUUGAGGAAAGAUUCAAUAUUCUGGUAACAGGUUAUCCAACUCCAACCCUAACCUGCAACGAUCUACCAGUUGGUGAUGCACACAUGUUAUCCAAUAAACCUCAAGGCGGAACAUGGGCAUAUCGUGUUGUAUUAAAUCAGAUUACAUCACAACAUUUACAUGAGUAUCUAUGCAAAGCAAAUAAUAGUUUAGGCAGUGUAAAUCAAAAGUUAGAAGUGACUGUUGCUCCAGCACCUCCGAAAAUUUUAUCUACGAAUUCAACAGAAUUUGCUGAUUAUUAUCUAUUACAUUGGACAACAAAUUCCCGUGCACCUUUAAAGAAUGUCACUGUUACUAUAAGUGAAAUAUCAUCGAAUACAGAAUCUAAUGCUGGUAGUUCGAUUGUUCCACGUUCUCCAGUACUUCAUGAACGUGUAUUUAAUUUGGAAGAUGAUAAAAUUGAUACAACAUCUACAGUGAUUCAACAUAUACAAUCGAAUUCAACUAAUUUAAAACAAAUCUGGCAUCAUUUACCAAAUCUUAGUUCAGAUACACGUCAUGAUAUUAGUUUAAGUGUUUGCAAUACUUAUGCAUGUUCAAAAUCAUCAGCAAUAAAAGAUCGAUUUGGUAGUUCUCCAAGUAGAUUUACAUUUAAAACACCUGAAUUUGAUGGUUCAAACAAAAUUAAUCCAUCUCUAUUACAACGAAGUCCAAAAGACCUUCUAUCAUUGGAUGGUGAUGAAAUUAAAUCCCCAAGAAAUGGAAACUCUGUCAAUCUAAGACCAUAUCAACCAUGUAUUGUAUUGUUCAUUGUAACUUUGUUAUUGAAUUAUUUUAUAUCAGAUCUAUUCUCAUAUCAUCAAAAUUGUUAAUAUAUAUAUAUAUAUAUAUAUACAUAUACCAUCUUUAAUUGUUCCAAUUAGACUUAUUCUACAACGACUGAUAUUCUGAUGAAUUUUGUUCCCAACCAUCCAACCCCUCAGCCUUCCCCCCCCCGAAAGACCCUGUUCAUCCGUUUUCUUUUUGUUGUUCAUUUGAUCUGCUUGUUUUUUUUAAUCCAUAGAAAUAAAAAAAAGAACGGGAAAGAGAAAGAUAGAAAAAAGAAAACUUUUUAGAAAAAAUUUUUUUUUCACUUUAGAAAUAUUCUCAUUAAUUCAGGUACAUAUAUUGUGUAGCAUUUAAAUUAUUGUUAUGAUUAAUGUUCAUUUUAUCAUGUAUGAAUGAAUUAGUUACAUGCUAUGCAAAUACAUACACACACACACACCAUCAUCAUCAUCAUCAUGAUCAU